UUUUUUUAAGACAGCAGAGAGGAGGCUGGUCGGGAUCUGUCGGUGUGUUGUCGUCUUAUCCAGCUAGCCCAUUAGCUGGCUGGUUCGUUUUUAUAUACAUCCACCAUUUACACUUGAGGAGAAUUCAGUUGCAAUACGUGGGUUAUAGAAUCAGCACCAUGUUGGUCCCCAUAUUCACUCUGAAGCUAAACCACAAGAUUAACCCUCGCAUGGUGACUAUUGGGAAAUUUGAUGGAGUUCACCCAUGCCUUACUGCAGCCACACAGGCCGGAAAGGUUUUUAUCCACAACCCUCAUGCUCGUGGUCAGAGACCUGUGGCUCAUCGGCUGAGCCAGAGCACACAGGACUCUGACAUCUCUUUGCUCAACAUCAACCAGGCAGUCACUUGUUUGACUGCAGGAACUUUGGGACCAAAUACCACCGGGGACACACUGUUAGUGGGGUCCCAAACCAAUCUGUUGGCCUAUGAUGUCCAUGACAAUGCUGAUAUAUUUUACAGAGAGGUGGCCGAUGGAGCCAAUGCUAUCGUGUUGGGGAAACUCGGGGACAUCCCUUCUCCUCUUGCCAUCAUUGGAGGGAACUGUGCCUUGCAAGGCUUUGACUAUGUGGGAAACGACCACUUUUGGACAGUUACUGGAGAUAAUGUCAGGUCUCUGGUGCUCUGUGACUUCACUGGAGAUGGAAAAAAUGAGCUCUUGGUAGGAUCUGAGGACUUUGACAUCAGAGUGUUCAAAGAGGAUGAGCUUGUGUCAGAGAUGACUGAAAAUGAGACAGUUACAUCGUUGUGCCAUAUGCAUGGCAGCAGGUUUGGUUAUGCCCUGGCCAAUGGCACAGUUGGAGUCUAUGACCGCACUGCCCGCUACUGGAGGAUCAAGUCUAAGAAUCAUGCAAUGAGCAUCCAUGCCUUUGACUUGAAUGCUGAUGGGGUUGUGGAGCUCAUUACUGGCUGGUCCAAUGGAAAGAUUGAUGCUCGAAGCGACCGCACAGGUGAGGUCAUUUUCAAAGACAACUUCUCCUCGUCUGUGGCUGGAGUGGUGGAGGGAGACUACAGGCUGGAUGGACAGAAGCAGCUCAUCUGCACCUCCACAGAGGGAGAGGUUCGUGGUUACCUGCCAGCCAGUAAGGACAUGAAAGGGAAUCUCAUGGACUCCAGUGCUGAACAGGAUCUUGUUCGAGAGCUCAGCCAGCGCAGGCAGAAUCUGCUGCUUGAGCUCCGCAACUAUGAGGAGAAUGCCAAGGGUGUGUCAGAGACCAACAGCGGGGUGGGUGUCAUACCAGCCAACACUCAGCUCCAGACAGCGCUGUCGGUGAAACCUGCCACAGAAACCCAGAAGGCUCAUGUGGAGCUCAGCAUUUCAACACCAAAUGAAACCAUUAUCCGUGCAGUGCUCAUCUUUGCAGAGGGAAUAUUUGAGGGGGAAAGCCACGUUGUCCACCCCAGUGCCCAGAACCUGUCAGGAUGUAUCCGAGUCCCCAUCGUUCCCCCGAAAGAUAUACCGGUGGAUCUCCACAUCAAAGCUUUUGUUGGAGGGAAAACUAGCACCCAGUUCCACGUGUUUGAAAUCACUCGUCAGCUGCCUCGUUUCUCCAUGUAUGACAUCACGGUUGACUCCUCAGCUGCUCUGCCCAAUGGAAGGGUCACAUUUAGCAUCAAUGACCGACCGCAAAGGGUGGUAAUGUGGCUGAAUCAGAACUUCCUGCUUCCAGAGGGAGUUGACAGCCCGGAUGUCACCUUUAAUUCACUAAGAGGAGGGGGUUUACUCUCCUUCAGCAUGGCCAGCAAUGGACAGAUCACCCUGAGAACAGAUGACAUUGACUUAGCAGGAGAUCUUGUCCAAUCACUCGCUUCCUUCCUGGCAAUAGAGGACCUGUCAGCAGAAGCAGACUUCCCCACAUACUUCGAGGAGCUUCGCACUACACUCACCGAGGUGGAUGAGUUCCACUCCGUCCAUCAGAAGUUAACUGCAGCUAUGGCCGAUCACUCCAACUACAUCAGAAACAUGCUGGUGCAGGCGGAGGAUGCUCGCCUUAUGGGUGACAUGACAACUAUGAAGAAGCGCUACAGAGAGCUGUACGAUCUAAACAGGGACCUUAUCAACGAAUACAAAAUCCGCUCCAACAACCACAACGCUCUUCUGGCCUGCCUCAAGUCUGUCAACCAGGCAAUACAGCGUGCUGGCAGACUCCGAGUGGGUAAACCCAAGAACCAAGUGAUCUCUGCCUGUCGAGACGCCAUCAAAAGCAAUAACGUCAACGCACUCUUCAGGAUCAUGAGGGCCGGCACUGCAUCCUCCUGAGGCUGGAACGAGGAGGAGGGAUGCAGGAACCAACGGGUAGAUUGAAAAGUCAGAGAGACGUUCGCAGGCACACCACAUGAAUAACGGGACACAGUUUACCAGCCAGGAUGUUUCACCAGGACGACGAGCCUGAAACAAGAACUAGGACCGUGAAAAGGAAAGGGGGACACUGUUGCAGCCUUAAUCCAAGUUUUCCAUGACUUAGCAACAGCCUGGCAGCAACAUUUGGCACCAGCUCCUUGAAACUUGAAAUUCUGCUAGCUGACAGAGAAACAAAAUGCUGACCGUGGACUUAGUGCAGUUGUGAAAUAGUCAUCCAUCUCCGCGUAGCAGUGCGGCUGCCUGGAAGGGCUUGAUUUAGCUCAGUAAAUAAUGUCAAAAUUAACAUCGGUGUGUGUGCAAGUGGUAGAGACGGAUCUGUUUGCAGGACCAAAACACACACAGAACUCACAUGCAGUCGGCUGCCUGAUAGCGUCGCUAGUAAAGACAGUAAGGAAGAGUAGAGCCUGAUGCCUGUUAAAUGUACUAGAGGAGGCGUCGCAGGUGAUGUUGCACAUUUGUCUGAGAAAAUGUUUCAACUUCGGAGACGCCUUCCAAACUGUUUCCACGAAGACGCGAACAUUUGGAGAGAAUGACGAUGUGCUGGACUGUUUAACUCAGUGAUGUUUAGAGAGAGAACAGCUGGAGCGAGACGGCGAGCAGCUUCGGAGAGUCGUGCCAUUAAAGUCACUUGUGGCCCUGAUUGUUCACUUGCUCUCGAGUAGGGAUAGAUCGAUUGUCGUGGCCGAUUAUCGAUAUCUGUAUUUUUAUGGACCGAUGAUUCAUCAUUGAAAUGCGCUACUUCAGGUUGGACGCAGCCUCCUGUCUUUGUCUGUUUCACUCUGUGUCUCUCAAGCAGUAAAAACAGAACAAGAAGCACAAGCUGUUGUCACGAACCAGGAAGUUAGCUUCUCUCACAGUGGCUGAGACUAUGCCAAUGGCUAGCCUGGUAAACAAUAAUUAAUAUAAGUGAUAAAACAGAGAAAUAUUCAGAAAAUCACAAAGAAAAGCCAACGUAACUCCGGGAGACAAACUGAUCAAUCAAUCACAGUUGAGCCCACAUAAACAGAGGAUUUAAUCACUAUUUUUAUUUUACAUAUUCAGGUAUAGUCAUCUUUAUUAAAGAAGAAGCCUAGUUAUGAAAGAUGGGUUCUCAGCUAUCACAUGCCGUGAAAUCAUUGCAUUUAAUGUGUAUCGCUAGCAAAUACCGAUUAUUGGCCAUACUCAAUUACCAAUAACCGACAUCGGUAUCGGACCUGGAAAAUCCAUAUCAGUCGAUCCCUACUCUCGAGCCUUUGCUCCCAACUGUUGUGUGUCCGUGUGUGGUGUUUGUAGCCAAAGAGAACUAUUUUAAAUUCAUGAAUGUACCAGACGACCGAUGCUGUGGGUUUAACUUGUUUACCUUUUGUAGAUUAUACUCAAGAGACUGUAAAUGUAAUUUACAUGUGUUUGUGUCAGAAAUUAUGAUUAAAUUAAAUUUUAAACA